AUGUCAGAGCACAAAGGCGAACAAGAAAUGUAUUAUCCGCAAGAGUUCAAAAUUGGCAGGAAAAUGGUGCCAAUACACACUUGUUAUUCAGCAACUCUUCCUGGUAUGACUAAAGUUAUAUCAAUUGUAAGUUGCUACAGUAAUCCUUUCCAAUAUACUUAUUGGAUUAAGAAAACAUAUAGGAAUUUUCUUAGAAAUUUUUUGAUUCUAUAAGAACUUGAUUUCAAACGUGUUCCCGCGUAAUUAAGUUCUAUGUUUUCAAAAAAGUUCAUUUCUGAAAAUAAAUAUUCCACUUUUCAGGCUGUAUUAUUUUGCACAAUCGUUUUGAUUUAUGCUUGUCAUCCAAUUGGAGAUGAACGUGGUCCAGCUAUAUUUUCCUGUUUUGUUGGAAUUAUUGGAUCAUUCGCGAUUUUACUUUGCUACACAUUUUUAUUUCAGCACAAACUACCUCGUCUACUUUACUGUGCGUAAGAUUAAACUUUUCAGCUAUCGAAUUUUAAAAUUGGGUUUAUUCUUACGCACAGUUUUCAGAUACUACAGUAAGUUAACAACUACAUCCAAUUUUUGAACAUUUAAAGAUUUUAAAUUUUUUAGGAGUCGGUUUUCUAUGGUAUUAUGGCUUGCCUUUUAUUCGUUUCGGCAUUGCUUUUAAUUGUUUUCAAUGCUAGAUAUUGGUCACAUAAUAAUCCAGAUUGGGCAGUUAUGCCUGCAUUAGCAGCUGUUAGUUUUCCAAAAUUACAAUUUUUAAUCAAAUUAUUUUCAUAAUUUCAGGCAUCUUUAUUGGUUGGAGCAAUUUUAUACGUCUUUGAACUUUAUGUUCUCUUCAGCAAUUACCGAAAAGAUUCAUGGGAACCCGAAGAAAAUUUCAUCAUAACACCAAAACGAUCUGUUUUACCAAAUUAG